AUGUCGCACCCGACAGAGGUUGCCAUCUUCCGCUACAUGACCACGCUUUACGCUCCCUUCAGUGAGCCUCAAGCCUGGUCCUACAUUCGCCAGCACAUGAAUGAUGGUGUAGCGCGCGCAUGCCUUGUCUCUCGCGCCAUGAUCGACCUCUUGGUGCGCCGCAUCUUUGUAUUCGAAGCCUGGCAGGGAUUCUCUGUGGACGCUGAUCGCCAGAUCGGAGAAAUCCGUCGCGAGAUGGACAACUUGCCCGCUGGCCAAGGUGGCGCUCUGCAGGUUUGCAUUGAUCGCAUUGCCGCGAUUGUCAACUCGUGCAUCAACCACGACCGUUAUGAAGCCUACCGCAACCACCGCAUCGAGUACUUCCAAGCCGAGCUUCGAGAGAUGCUUGGCCCUUUGCUUCUCGCCGAAGAUCAAGGUGGCCCCAACUUGGAAGAAGCUGAUGUGGCUCUGCGCAACAUGGUCGAGAAGGCCUGGGCCAUCUCCGCGAAGAUGUUCACCUCGCGCUGCACCUUUGACUUCCGCUUUCCCGAUGCUGGCGCACGUUUCAACACGCAGCUCAUGGUCGCUGUCGCGCCUAACAUUGAUUCUCACAUCCUCCAGGCUGAGCACUGGCGCGUCCAGCUAGUGGUUACGCCCGUCAUCACUGUCCGCAACGACACGGGCGCUUCGAUCUCCGUAGCCUCCAUCACCAAGGCUCACGUCAUUUGCAUGAAGUGA